CAUAUCUUGUAUACUGCCACCUCUAUUUAAGCUUCUCUCUAGAUCUCUUAUACUUAUGGUUUAAUACUUAGCAUUUCCUGAUCAAGCUAUAAACAAGUCUAUUAACUAGGGUUUGAUCAUCAAUAAAAUAAUCAAUCAAGCCACUCAUCAAUCGAGAAUGAGCCGAGGUGGGAGCUUUGGAGGUGGACAAAGCUCGCUAGGUUAUCUUUUCGGGUCAGACAAUGAGAUUUCCAAAAAUCUUCCACCGGCUGCCCCAAAGCCUACACCACCGUAUGGCGUAGACUCCACCGACGACGAUAAAUCUGACCAAAAGCCUAAGAUCUCUAACAACAACAACUACCACAGAGCUCAGGGCCAAAACUCCGGCAACUUCGUCACCGAUCGUCCAACGACGAAGGUGAAAUCGGUUCCAGGUGGAGGAUCAUCUCUUGGAUACUUAUUCGGAGAUAAUCAAAAGGAAUGAAAAAUGAAGUUACAAAACUAGGGUUUUUGCCAUCUAUAUGUUGUAUUGCCUUACAUAUCGUGAUCAUUUGAAGUGAUUUCAUCUUUAAUUUCGGAAAGUGGAGCUUCUUCUCCUGCACAUGGCAAAGCAAACUAACUUGCUCGUGUUUGUUUUGUUUAUAUAUAACUGGAAAAUAAAUUAAGCCCAGAUUAAUUUCAAAGUAUGCAGACAAGUGACUUUUCUUGUCAUGUAAAAUGUUCCACUAAUUUAGAAGCAGCAGAAGAGUUGAUCCGUUUUCGACCCAACAAAAGAAUUUUUCACCUAUUAGAUCACGUACAUCAUUCACUAAUUAGUUGAUAUAUUGUAUAAAUUCAUUCCACUCCAAUAAAUUUAUAAUCCG